AUGGGGGGUUGCACUUCGAAGCCGCAGAAACCCAACCCAUAUGCCGUUAGAGAAACGGAAGCUGACCCAACGCAAAUCCCGAAGACCCCGUUAAGUCCCGUCGCCGAUGGCCAUGGCCGGAAAGAUAAAGAUGACGUCGUCGCCGGGAAAAAGUCUCCGUUUUUUCCGUUUUACAGUCCCAGUCCGGCUCGUUUUCUGAAGAAGUCUCCUUCGACUCCGAGCCGGAGUACGAGCUCGACGCCAAGGAGGUUUUUCCGGAGACCUUUUCCUCCGCCUUCUCCGGCAAAGCAUAUAAGGGCUGUGUUGGCUCGGAGACAGGGGAAGAAGGAAACUGCGGCGAUACCGGAAGAUUCCGAGGAGGGUGCAGGGGAUUUGGACAAGAGAUUUGGAUUCUCGAAGGAUUUUACUAGUAAGUUGGAGGUUGGAGAAGAAGUGGGUAGAGGGCAUUUUGGGUAUACUUGUUCUGCUAAGUUUAAGAAGGGUGAGCAUAAGGGUCAACAAGUAGCUGUAAAAGUCAUUCCUAAAGCAAAGAUGACAACAGCAAUUGCAAUUGAAGAUGUAAGAAGAGAGGUGAAAAUAUUGCGAGCUUUGAACGGGCACAGCAAUUUGGUACAAUUCUAUGAUUCAUUUGAAGACCAAGAAAAUGUUUACAUUGUCAUGGAGUUAUGUGAAGGGGGAGAGCUAUUAGAUAUGAUACUGUCAAGAGGAGGGAAAUACUCGGAAGAUGAUGCGAAGGCUGUCAUGGUACAAAUACUAAAUGUUGUUGCAUUUUGUCAUCUUCAGGGUGUGGUGCAUCGAGAUCUUAAGCCCGAGAAUUUUUUGUACACUUCAAAAGAUGAAAGUUCCGAGUUAAAAGCUAUAGACUUUGGAUUAUCAGAUUUUGUCAGACCAGAUGAGAGGCUUAACGACAUUGUUGGAAGUGCUUACUAUGUAGCUCCUGAAGUUCUUCAUAGAUCUUACAGCACAGAAGCUGAUGUGUGGAGUAUUGGUGUGAUAGCAUAUAUUCUAUUAUGUGGUAGUCGUCCAUUUUGGGCUAGAACAGAAUCGGGUAUUUUUAGGGCUGUUUUGAAAGCUGAUCCAGGCUUUGAAGAAGCUCCUUGGCCAUCCUUAUCUUCAGAAGCAAAAGAUUUUGUCAAACGCCUACUUAAUAAGGAUCCACGAAAACGAAUUUCUGCUGCUCAAGCACUGAGUCAUCCUUGGAUACGUAAUUACAAUGACGUAAAAGUUCCACUUGAUAUAUUAAUAUUCAAGCUUAUGAAGACUUAUAUGAGAUCAUCAUCUUUGCGUAAAGCUGCUUUAAGGGCCUUGUCAAAGACAUUAACUGCCGAUGAACUCUAUUAUCUGAGGGAACAGUUUGCAUUGUUGGAACCAAGCAAAAAUGACAGCAUAUCCUUAGAGAACAUUAACAAGGCCUUGAAGAAAUAUGCAACAGAUGCCAUGAAAGAGUCUCGGAUCACUGAUUUUCUUUCCUCGCUGACUUCAUUACAAUAUAGAAGAAUGGAUUUUGAAGAAUUUUGUGCUGCUGCGUUAAGUGUGCAUCAACUCGAAGCUCUUGAUCGUUGGGAACAACAUGCUCGCUGUGCAUAUGAACUUUUUGAGAAAGACGGAAACCGGGCUAUUGUCAUUGAAGAACUUGCUUCAGAACUUGGACUUGGUCCAUCUAUCCCUGUUCAUGUUGUUCUUCAUGACUGGAUACGCCACACCGAUGGGAAGUUAAGCUUUCUCGGGUUUGUCAAAUUAUUGCAUGGUGUAUCUAGCCGAAGCAUUGCAAAGGUCCAGUAA